CUGAUUCCCCCCACUCCCCUUCAGGGUUAUCACUGCGCAGCUCUGUGACUGUUCGCCUUCUCUGCUUCUGCUGCGGAGAGUGAAGUGACCAGACUGCUGUCCUUGCACACAGUUAGCUAGCUAGAUCCUGCAACAUGUCUAUCCUGAAGAUCCAUGCUCGUGAGAUUUUCGACUCUCGUGGAAACCCCACAGUUGAGGUUGAUCUCUACACUAAGAAAGGUCUCUUCAGAGCUGCAGUGCCCAGCGGUGCUUCCACUGGCAUCUAUGAGGCCCUUGAGCUUCGUGAUGAGGACAAGACGCGCUAUCUGGGCAAAGGGGUGAAAAGAGCUGUAAAAUAUGUAAAUGAGUUCUUGGCCCCAGCUUUGUGUAACCAGGAUGUGUCCGUCUUGGAGCAGGAGAAGAUUGACAAACUGAUGCUUGAUAUGGAUGGUACAGAUAAUAAAUCUAAAUUUGGUGCAAAUGCCAUCCUGGGUGUGUCCCUGGCUGUGUGCAAGGCUGGUGCUGCAGAGAAGGGCGUCCCACUCUACCGCCACAUUGCUGACCUUGCUGGAAAUCCAGAGGUCAUCCUCCCAGUGCCUGCCUUCAAUGUUAUCAACGGCGGUUCCCACGCUGGCAACAAGCUGGCCAUGCAGGAGUUCAUGAUCCUCCCAGUUGGAGCAAGCAACUUCAAAGAGGCCAUGCGCAUCGGUGCUGAGGUCUACCACAACCUGAAGAAUGUCAUCAAGGAGAAAUACGGCAAAGAUGCCACCAAUGUGGGAGAUGAAGGUGGCUUUGCCCCCAACAUCCUGGAGAACAAAGAAGCACUUGAGCUGCUGAAGAAUGCCAUCAGCAAGGCUGGCUACACUGACAAGAUUGUGAUUGGCAUGGAUGUUGCAGCAUCUGAAUUUUACAAAGGUGGCAAAUAUGACCUGGACUUCAAGUCACCCGACAAUCCCAGCCGUUACAUCAGCCAUGACCAGCUGGCUGACCUUUAUAAGAGCUUUGUGAAGGAUUAUCCUGUUGUCUCUAUUGAGGAUCCCUUUGACCAGGAUGACUGGGAAGCCUGGUCCAAGUUCACCGCCAGCACCAGCAUCCAGGUGGUGGGUGACGAUCUGACUGUGACCAACCCCAAACGCAUUGCUAAGGCUGUAUCAGAAAAGGCCUGCAACUGCCUGCUGCUGAAGGUCAACCAGAUUGGCUCUGUCACAGAGUCCCUCCAGGCCUGCAAGCUGGCUCAGUCCAGUGGUUGGGGUGUGAUGGUGAGCCACCGCUCUGGAGAGACUGAGGACACCUUCAUUGCUGAUUUGGUGGUUGGCCUCUGCACUGGCCAGAUCAAGACUGGUGCCCCUUGCAGAUCUGAGCGUCUAGCCAAGUACAAUCAGCUGCUCAGGAUUGAAGAGGAGCUUGGAGACAAGGCCCGCUUUGCUGGCAAGAACUUCAGGAAGCCCAUCUGAAGAGCAGGCCUUUCUCAGUCCACUGCUUACCACAGUUGCACUCCCACACAUUAAGCCACGUUAUCAUUUUCUAGAGUGAAAGAGCUGGAAAGGCGUUGAAAUUCAAGGUCCAAUCUGUAGGCUAAGGCAUCUGUUUCUGUGCCAACUGAUCAGCCAUCUUCCUAUGCUUUGGCACCCAAAUAGCACUGGUCCUUUAAAUUAUAUCUGUAUUGUGAGAUGCUUCUUGUGUGUUGUACUAAGUCUGGUCUUCUCUUACUUUAGAGUCAAGUGCACUGUGUAGUGUAACUUAUGUUCAUAGUGUUGCUGUAGUGCUACUGUAAAGCGUGGCAUAACAAAUAAACUUGUGGAAGUGUUACUGA